CCACUGUCUCUUCUGCAGCGUACCCGUUUGAUUUGACUACGCGGACAGGUUUAAGUGAGCUCGACGCACGCGGCGCGGGCGCCUCGGGAAAGUGCGCGAGCCCGAAACGCGAUAACUAUACGUACGUGCGAUUACGCGGACUGGACCGGAGAUAAUUGCGCCUGGCCAGUACGCGGAAAGGUAGACGCCACCGCUGAAAGCGCCGAAAAAGCCUCGCCCGCGCCGAAGCGAACAAUAAUAAAAAAAAGGACGCAACAAGCGUGCCAACCGGAACCUGAACCGUUAUCGCUUCGUUUUUGGGGGGUCGGAAGGAAAAGAAGUGAUUGCGGCAAGCGUAUCCAACUACACGUACCCUUUCGCAAGCGGCCACGCCUCCCUCAGGCUCUCUCUCUCCCCUGCGGUCACACCGUUGGUCGAACAGAGCUUCCCGUCUCAAACUCAUAUAUAAGGAGCCGGCGGCCAGCCCGGACAUUCAUUGCCUGAGCAUCCUCGGUGCUUUUUGUGCAGGAGUACGCUAGUCCGUGCAGAAACACCAACGAUCACCAUGAACGCCGCGUUCAUCGCUCUUCUGCUGUGCGCCUGCGCCGCUGUCGCCAUGGCCGGCGGCUUUGGUGGCUUCGGCGGCGGCUUCGGUGGAUACGGUGGCGGCUUCGGCGGCCUCGAUGGCGGCUACGGCUACCACAAGACCGUUCCGGGCCCCUCGUUCCUCGUGAAGACCGUGCACCACGUCAACAAGCUGAAUCGCGGCGCGCACCUUGUCGGCGGACAGUACGGACACGGCGGAUACGGAGGCGGCUACGGAGGCGGAUUCGGGUUCGGAGGCCUCAAGCACUGAGCCCGGGGACGUGGUGCGGCCGGAGUACGGCGCGACAGCCCCCCGAGGGAUCACUCCACGGGUCUGCCGCGCGUCAUCCCGCUUGGCUGUGGCCACGCCGAGUCGCGGGGACUUUUGCCACUGCGGCGCUGUGUUGCCUGUGCGGGGCGCAAUAUUGUAAAUGCGCGUUUCAUUGUGCCUCGAGCCAAGCACUGCACGUGACGUACGCGCUCUAAUGGGCGAUAGAGACAGAGGAAAGCCACGGUGAACGACUUUUCUUUUUCUUUUUUUUAGACGCGAUCCAAAACAACAGCUGAGAUUGGUGCCUUCUGUGUGCUUGUAAAGCGAGGCAUAACACGACUGCAGUCUACGCUAUAACCGUUCCUUCUACCGCCUAAUGCCUGGCAGUACUGACAACCCCCUAUGUUUUAAUUCGAAGCGUCUGUAUCUUUUCUACUUGGCCUGAUGCAAACAUUUCAUCACCAGUUAACGUCGCCAGGGGCACCACGGUCGCAUUAUUGCGAUGUGUUAAGCAAGCGUCGAGCGGAGUCCCACAAAGUACCAUUUCCAGAACGCGCUGGAAAUGGCACUUUUCGGGCAAAUGUUUCGAAUUGGGCAGGUCAUGCUGUACUUCCUUUUUUUGUUCCUCCGCUCAAAAACAUUUGCACUUUGACGUAGAGUGAAACAAUUUAGAUUCAGCCACGCGGAAGGACACGCGGAGCCGAGAACGUCCAGACUUUAUGCCUGCCAGUACAAGUCGCCGCACUAUACGGUUCCGCUCCAGUAAGCGCGUUCGCAUGCUUUUCACUCGCAAGAUGUGUGUACGAUGAAAAGUAGAGAAAGCUUGUUGUCGCACACAGUGAAUGGGCGACGCAUCUUUUCUUCUUCUUCUCUAUCUCCUUCUACUGGGACUCAGUUUUAACGAUUAUCCCUUCUACUCUGCACACUGUUAAAUAAUUUACACUGUUAAAAAGGAAUAAGGGCAAUUCACACCUUUACACCCUGUUUGAAUGUAAGGGUAUGAGUUAAAGAUCUAUUUACACCUUUUUUCCGCUUUUAAGGGUGUAAAUUAUGUUACAGCGUGCUCGCGUUGUCUUGCUAGCCAGCCCACACCUCCUAUAGAUCAGAAGACAUUGCGCGCUCUCACUGUGGAGUAAUCCGGCAGAGGUCAGUGCUCCCAUUCAAAGAGCGUACUCUGAUUAUCGGACCCCUCGGUUUCCCUUCUGCUCCUUCUACGUGGCAGUCAAAGCUCCCAGGCGUUACUAUUCCGGAAGAUGCCACUUGUGCCCGGCACCUCGCCUUCUGUCAGCCUAUGCAUCGUGUGAAAGCCUAAGCGAUGUGCCGACAGUACAGUCAUAGUAAAUGUUCGUGUAGAUGUACUUUUUAACAUGGCCUAUCUGGCUCUAAAAUCAACUGUAUACCUUAGUAUCCACCCCCAUGGUCCGCGUUUAAAGCGAGACGUUGACAAGCGGCUCGCUGCAAUGUUGCUGUACCUACAAAGAGCGCAAGAACCAGCACACUUACCUUGUGCCUUUCCGCGGGCGGCUCUGCGUCUGGCCUAUACUUCCCUACCCUUGAAGUGUUUCUAGUUUAUCUGAGGCAGUAUUCAAACUGUCGCGUUCUGUCUCGAACCCCAAAUAAAGAACAUAUGUCACGUUUA